AUGUCAGGACAGGACGGAGUGAGGCUCAAUGUUGGGUCAGCCAGGAUGGGAUGGCACAGGACGAGUGGGGUGACACUGGACAGGGUUGAAAACAUCGGAUCACCAGAAUUCCACCAUCUCUCCCACAGCCGGGCCACUGUUCAUGAUACACGUGAGGAAGGGGGCCGCGCCGAGCUGCCCUGCGACGUGCACACCGCAGACCCGACGGACCGCGUGGUGCUGGUGCUGUGGUACAAGGACGGCGUCGGAGCGCCCAUCUACAGCUACGACUCCCGCAAGAGCAAAAUGAACCAAGUGAGGGACUGGGCGGACAAAAAGUCGUUAGGCGGACGCGCGCACUUCGACCUGCAAGCCAGCCCGGCGGAGCUCGUGAUCGACAGUGUGAAAGCCGACGACGAAGGACUGUACCGGUGCCGCGUCGACUUCAAGAAAAGCCCCACGAGGAACGCGCGUACCAACCUCACCGUCGUCGUCCCGCCCCACACGCCCGCCAUCCUCUCUACGGACACUGGCCAGCCCGUGUGGACGACUGUGGGUCCUUACAACGAGGGAGAGUCCAUGUCCUUGAUAUGCGAGGUGAACGGAGGUAAACCAACGCCGCGUGUCACCUGGUGGAUGAACGGCAGACUUCUGGAUGACGUGAGCGAGAGGCCACGGCCCCACCUGGUCACCAACAGGCUAACCAUCAAUCACUUGACCCGCAGCCAUCUUCAAGCCAACCUAGUGUGCGAGGCAUCUAAUUCCAACAACAGCCUCCCAGUCAAGAGUGACAUCAAAAUCGAGAUGAACUUCAAGCCGCUCUCCGUCAACAUUCUAGGCUCCCGCGAACCGCUCUCAGCUGGCAAGAAGUACGAGCUAGUCUGUCAGAGUGUCGGGGCGAGACCAUCAGCCUCCCUCACGUGGUGGCUGGACGGCGUGCAGCUCACCAACGCCUCUACCUCUACCGCAAGCUCCGGAAACAUCACACUGAGCACCCUCACAUUUGUGCCCAAGGACAGUGACGGCGGGAAGUACCUCAAGUGUCUGUCAGAGUCGCCAGUGAUUCAGCACACGCCACUAGAGGACAAGUGGCGGCUCGAAGUAUACUAUACCCCCAAGGUGCAGCUCGCCCUCGGGAGUAACCUGAGUCCUGAGGAGAUCAAGGAAGGCGAUGACGUCUACUUCGAGUGCAACGUGAGGGCUAACCCUUGGGUGUACAAAGUCGUCUGGCACCACAACGGCAUGCACGUGAACCACAACGUCUCGGCGGGGGUGAUCGUGAGUAACCAGUCCCUCGUCAUUCAGCGGGUCAAGAGGCACCAGACGGGCCUCUACACCUGUGUCGCCUCAAACAUCGAGGGGGACGGACAAAGCAACGCAGUGAACCUCAGGGUCCAGUACGCCCCUGUGUGCGCGGCAGGUCAGAUACACGUGUAUGGGGCUGCGAGACACGAGGAGGUCUCUGUCACAUGUCGCCUGGACGCUGUGCCUCCUGUUGUCCAUUUCUACUGGAGGUUCAACAGCAGUGGCGACGUGGUCGACAUUGCCGAGAGCCACGUCGCCACGCAGGGCCUCCAGUCAUCACUAUCCUACGUGGCACGGACCGAACUGGAUUACGGCACGCUGCUCUGCUGGGGUGAAAACCACUUGGGCAGACAACGGGAACCCUGCGUGUAUAAAGUUGUGCCUGCGGGGCCGCCAGACCCGCCGGAUAACUGCAGCCUCAUCAAUCAGACAACAGAGACAUUGAGGGUCAAGUGCCAGCCUGGCUACGAUGGCGGCCUCCUUCAGAAGUUUAUUAUCGAAGCUUAUGAAGCAGAAACAAUGAGGCUCAUCCUCAAUAUCUCCGAGAACUCCGUCCCAGAUUUCUCCCUCAGAGGCCUGGAGUCCGGCGCCUCUUAUCUGCUCUUCAUUUAUGGUGCCAACGAGAAAGGGAUCAGCGAGAAAAAGCAGCUGCAAGGCUACACGCUCAAAGAUGUGGCCGAGAAACGCACAGCCCAAGUCCGCCCCCCGCCAGAAGAACUCGUUUCCAUCACCCCAAUCCUUGCGGUAGUGGUGGGGGUGGUGGGGUCCCUGGUGCUGGUGGCGAUAGUGGCGGUGGUGGUUGUCAGUUUGAAGAGGAAAAACCGACCCAGGAAUAAAAAUAUAACUUUACACAUCCAGACAUCGCUUGCAGACACCAGGGACCUCGACGACAAGAACCCGGACCUCAUUCCCUCAAACGCUUCAUCUCCUACAGGAAGCGGCGGCGAGAGAGGCGGCGGAGGGGGUGAGGGCAGCAUUGUCGGGGUCGGGAGCGGGAUUGACGUGGAGCACAAGCCCCCCACCACGCCUGAGGAGGGUGGCUUUGGCAGCGUUCACAUCUGCGCCUCCGUCCCAUACCCAACCAACGUCGUGUACAGCACCUACCCUCGCGCUCCUAGAGGCGUGCCCGCACCCAACCCACAAGAAGGGGAGCUGAUGUACGCCGAGCUGGCCUUCCCUCCAGGGGCCUCUUACCCCCCUGGCACUCUUCCCCGCCGGAAGCCUGACCAUACCAUAUACGCCCAACUCGACCACGGCGUCCCGGGCAUGCCGAGCACCGUGCCCUGCGUACCCGUCAGCAGCGGCGGGAUGAUAGAGUGCCCCACGAGUGGCCUGAUGGGCGGCAACCUCGGGGGCAGCGUGGCGGGCGUGUUGAGUGGCAGCGUGUGUCCCGGCAUGGGCGUGGGUAUCAGCACAAUGGCUGCGCCCACCACCUUGUGUCCUCCAGCGCCAGUCUCCGCCAUGGCUGACAUUAACAGAAUGGCGUACACUCCUGCGCCGCCCCCUCACGGAUUUGGCGGCCACCCCCUCACGCCCCCCGUCCUGCCCGAGGAGGAUGAGCAGGUCACUCCCGACACGCCUCUCAUGAAGAACCCCAAGGAGAGUGAAGUGUGACCCCGCCUGACGAAGAAUUAGAGUCCACCCGCCAAUGAGUGCUGAACGAGUCUGCCUCCCGCUGUGUGCCGAGAGUGACUGAGUAACUGAGUGGCCGCCAGUGAGGAGUGAGGAGUGACGAAUGAGGGAAAGCGGAAAUAAUGACGUUUACGGAUUGGCAAGCGCCGGGGCGUCUUUGCGGGCGUGUUUGGGCGGACAUUCAGGGGGACAUGUGGAAAACACAAUACUUUUCAACACACACAUACACACAUACACACACACACACACACACACGAACCCACCGAACCAAUAUGAAACUCGGAAACCCAACCGGUCCUUCCCUCCUAGCACAUCCGUCCCCCCUGCACCGCCCACACCCCCUCUUCCCUCAAUGCCUUGCGGGUAACUAAACAAACUAAUCCGACGCACUCGAUUCUUCCGAAAAGAGACAACAAUCAUCCAGGGUGUCUACUUCAUUCUUAAGAAGAAAACUGUGUAUGAAGAAUUUAAUAGAAACCUUGUUACGUAGUCCAAAGAAAGACGUGUAAAUAAUUUUAUAUAUGCUCAAUGUCAAAAAAAAAAAAAAUUGCAAAGUGAAAAAUUUGCGGUGCAUUGUAGCGGAUGCAGGAGUGAACAAAAGAUGGGAAAAAAGAGCGGCAAAGCUUUGAUAGGAGUUGAAGUGAGAGAAAAAUAGUGGAAGGAGAGAAAAAAAAAAGGCAUUAAGGAAAGCAUUCCCUCAGGGAAACUAUUAAGUGAGGAGGAAAUUUCAGGCCAAGACUGAAGGAAAGAACUUAAAAAUAUGUAAAAAAAAAGGACAAUUAUCGAGAAGGAAUGAAAUGAGAUAAAAUAUUUUAGGAGGAAAAGAAUUAAGAAAAGCAUCUCGCCAGCGAGGCGAGAAAAUAAGUGAAGGGAAAAUUGCGAAAUGUCUGACGAAAGAAAUUAAUGUAAAAAGAAAUAGACUGGAAGAAGAACAGUCCACUGAGACUGACAUGAACUGUCUCAUGAGCUUCGGUACACUUAAAACGAGAGAGAGAGAGAGAGAGAGAGAGAGAGAGAGAGAGAGAGAGAGAGAGAGAGAGAGAGAGAGAGAGAGAGAGAUUCAUGAAGCUGACGGUGAAUGAGUGUGUAGCGAGAUAAAAGAGUUUAUCGUUCCUUUCUUUGAGCGGCAUUUUUAGCUUUAUUAAAAAGACAUUCAUUUCCUAAGCCAAUUCUUUUACCUAUUAUUAAGCACAUGUGAUUUAUAUACUAUUACAAAAUAUAUACAUUAUGUAAACGCAGUGUCCGUGAAUGGACUGUUGAUCGCUGUUAAAAUAUUUUCCUUGUGUGGGAAAAAAAAGUCCCCUCAAAAAUAAGUGACAUGUUGACUGCGUGUACCUCUUAUCUGUUAUUGCCCAAUGCUGGUGGUAUGAGGACAACAGCCCUGUUUGUACCACGAAGUCAUUUUCGAUAAAACUGAAUCUCUAUGUA